CUAGUAAUCAAGAAAACUCACAAGAUAGAGAUGCUCCGGAUACAAAUUCUCCACCUGAUACAUCAUCAAAAGAAGUUGCAUGAGGCAUCACCAUUAUGAAGGGAAUCAUUCGACAUAGAGACCAAGGAUUAAUAUAUAAUUUGGAAUGGAAUUAUGAUAACCAACCAAUUGGUCCUAAUUCUGCAAAGUUGACAAGCUAUAUUGGUACACUUGUUCGUUUGCAUAUUCCAGUUUCCAUAGCUAAAUGGAAUCUGAAAAAGCAAAGAGUUGGACGAUAAAAAAAACAUAAUUUGGGACGAGCUUAAGGUAUCAUGUAUGGUUGUUGUUAUUAUCUUGACGAAGAAGAUUGGGUUGAGUUUGUAAAUCAAAGAGAUGAAGUUUUUCGGAAAAGGAGUGCCACAAAUAGUGCGAGAGCAUCAAAACCCACGUAUCCAUACAAAAAAGGGCGUUUGGGAUAUGCACGCUUAGAGGAAAAAAUUUUAGAGGAGUCGAAAAGUGAGGAAACCUCACUUCCAGUACAUGUGUUGUGGAAGGAAGCUCGUGUGGGCAAGAAUCAAGUUGUCGAUCCCGAUGUUCAAAGAGUUUAUGCUGAAUGUGAGACCAUGUCGCAAUCGGUAUCCACCGGUGAGGACCAGGAUGAUAGGAGCGUACUUAGUAGAGCACUAGAUGCUCCUGAGUAUCCUACUCGGGUGAGGGGUAAAGGUCAUGGUGUGACUCCAACCUCUUUUUACAAGCAUUCUAGGAGAAUAAAUCCUACUAAUGAAGAAGAUUUAGCCUUAAAGCAAAAACCAGAAAACAGAGCAUUCGCUGCAGCGAACUAUAUUUCACUGUAG